AUGGAGGAAAUUAGAUAUUGGAAACCCGUCAUUGAAAUGGCUCCUCCCUGCCCUCGCUGCGCUUCUUCCAACACCAAGUUCUGUUACUACAACAACUACAGCCUCUCUCAGCCUCGCUACUUCUGCAAAGGUUGUCGGAGAUACUGGACCAAAGGCGGCUCUCUAAGGAACGUUCCGGCCGGCGGAGGUUGCCGGAAGAAGCGCCGCUCCGGCCCGAGAGUUCAACCUUCUAAUUCGCUUAGUUCUUCUUCUCACGACUCCAAUGAGGGUUCCAAUGGCGACUCGGGUUCUCAACCGGCCGGUUCGGAUAUUGACCUAGCAGUUGUUUUCGCUAACUACUUGAACCAAAACCCGAACCGGCUCAAGCAAGAUUCGGUUCGGGAACAGAUUUCUCACGACGAGAAAAUUGAAGAAGAUCAGAAAAUUCAUGAAGAAAUAAAUAUGGGGAUUGAUGGAGUCGGCCAAUUUGAGUUGCAGAAUUUUCUUCGAAGUGAUCAUGAAGUUGUGCAAGAUGUAGUUUGGUCUGAUCCGAUAAACUUUUCUUCGUGGCAACCGAUGGCUAAUUUGCAAGAGAUCGAAACUUUUCCUUCAACGAACGAUAUCUGGAGCUUCUUUGAUUCUUCUGGUUUUGACGUUUUCUCUCAAGAUCUUAAUUUAGAUGCGUAA